AUGCAAUUCUCAAACUCAUUAUUUUUGGCCGUCUCACUCAUUGCUGCUUCAGUCUCAGCUGAUGCCACUACAGUUGUUGCUGGUACAACAUCUGUUGCUACUGUCACCGUUGAUGGUGUUGAAACUGUUUACACCACAUUCUGUCCAUUGACUGAGAGCACAACCGGUGAUGUUGCCAAUGCUGAUCAAACCUCAGCUCCACAAGCUGUUUCAUCACCAGCAACUGUUGCUGCCGAGUCACAAGUUGCUCCACAAGAAUCAACAGAAUCAGACGAAUACGUCGAUGUCACAAUUACCCCAACAGUGUUGGAAACUCAAAACGUUGAGGCUACUGAAACUGCACAAUCCACAUUGUUCACAUCGAGCUUGAGUGCGAGCCUGAGUGUUGCUGCAUACAAUGGAUCCAGCUCUGCUUCCGAAGCUGCUCAAGUGUCUACAUAUGUCGCAGGUGCUGCUGCUGUACAAGGUGGCGCCGUUGGAUUGGCUGCCUUGGCUGGUUUGGCUGCUGCUUUGGUAUAA